UGGAGGCUUGUUUGGUGCAGUCCUCGGCUAGAGACACCGCGGUAUAUGGAGUAGAUUUUAGUCUCCCUCUUGAUCCUUUCUCGAGUCUAUUCUUCACAUACGUUGGAAAGCAUCAGUACUCACAAAAUGGACGCCUUCAAUCUUCCACAAAAAAUGAAAGCACUGGAGUACUCUGCGCCCAGGAACCCGCGCGUGGUUGAAAAGCCUCUACCCGAGAUAAGAGACCACGACUUAUUGAUCAAGGUAAAAGCGUGCGGCGUCUGCGGAACCGAUUUACAUAUCCACGACGGGGAAUUCGGAGCGCAGUUUCCGGUAGUCCCUGGACACGAAACGGUCGGCGUGGUCGCAGCAUUUGGCUCGAAAGUGAAGGGCUUCGCUGUCGGUGAUCGAGUGGUGGCAGACAACUCAGAACUAUGCGGGGAGUGCUUUCAUUGUCGUCGGGGCAGCGAGCUCUUUUGCGAGAAUUUUGUUGCUCACGGCGUCAUGGUUGAUGGAGGCUUUGCCGAAUACGCCGCUUACCCAGCAAAGAGAGUAUUCCCCUUCAAAGGAAUAUCGGAUGUAGAUGCUACUCUGAUCGAGCCAGCAGCCUGCGCAGCGCACGGGAUCGAUAAAAUCGCCCCGCACAUGGGUUCGAAGGUACUGUUAUUUGGAGCUGGACCGACUGGUUUAGUUCUUGCGCAGCUACUGCGACAGAACGGAGGAUGCAAUGUUGUUGUGGCCGCACCAGAGGGGGUCAAGAUGGCACUUGCAAGGUCUCUCGAUGCUGCAGACGAGUAUAUAGAUCUUCCACGAGACAAGGCAGCUUCGGAGGUGGUCCUCAAGAAGCUGUACGAGGAUAAUCCGUACGGAUUCGAUAUCGUGGUCGAAGCGACGGGCAGUGCUAGAGUCUUGGAACGGGCCUUGGACUUUGUUCGAAAGGGCGGGAAACUGGUCGUUUACGGAGUUUAUAAGGACGAUGAUCGAAUCUCACUGCCACCGAAUAGAAUCUUCAAGGACGAGAUCCAAGUUCUUGGGUCGUUCAGCGAGAUGCAUAAAUUCCCUGCUGCAAUCGACUAUCUCGAAACGGGCAAGAUUCGUGUUUCUGGAAUUGUCAACCAGACGUUUGGCGUAGAGCAAUGGGAAGAGUGCCUGGAUGCGAUGAGGACGAAAAGGGUGAUCAAAGCCGCCAUUGUUUUCGAUUAGCUGGUGUAUCAUGCAUAGAUUUAGAUGAAAGUGAAUGGGAGACGAUUAAUUGAAAUGCU